AGUGAAGUAACUCAGGAAUGGAAAACCAAACAUUGUAUGUUCUCACUCAUAAGUGGGAGCUAAGCUAUGAGAAUGCAAAGGCAUAAGAAAGAUACAAUGGACUUUGGGGACACAGGGGAAAGACGGGGAGAGGGGUGAGCAAUAAAAUACUACAAAUUGGGUUCAGUGUAUACAGCUCGGGUGAUGGGUGUACCAAAAUCUCACAAAUCACCAAUAAAAAACAUACUCAUGUAACCAAAUACCACCUAUUCUUCAAAAAACCAUGGAAAUAAAAAAUAAAAAAGUGCAUUUGUACUUUAAAAAAGUAUAACAUAUACAAUUAUCUAUAGUAUAUAACACUUGAUAAUGAUAACCAAUGACUAUGUUACUGGUUUAUGUAUUUACUAUGCUUUUUCAUUGUUUUAUAGUAUACUCCACUUAUUAAAAAACAGUUAACUGUAAAACAGCCUCAGGUAGGUCUUUCAGAAGGUAUUGCAGAAGAAGGCAUUGUUACCGCAGGAGAUGACAGCUCCUUGUGUGUUAUUGCCCCUGAAGACCUUUCAGUGGGGCAAGAUGUGGAUCAGGAGAUAAUUGAAUUGAUAAUUGACCUUGUGUAGACCAAGGGUAAUGUGUGUGUUUGUGUCUUCAUUUUUAAGAAAAAGUUGCAAAUGUAAAAAAAAAUUUAAUAGAAAAAAUCUUAUAGAAUAAGGAUAUAAAGAAAGAAAAUAUUUUUGUACAGCGGUACAAUGUGUUUGUGUUUUAAGCUAACUUAUUACAGAAGAAUCAAAAAGUAAAACAAAAGAUUUGUACAGUUAAAAAGUUAUAGCAAAUUAAGUUUAUUAUUCAAGAAGGAAAAGUAUUUUAAAAAUAAAUUUAGUGAACCUAGGUGUCCAGUAUUUUUAAAGUCUACAGUAGUGCACAGUAAUGUCUUAGACCACAUUCACUCACCAUUCGCUUACUGACUCACCCAGAGUAGCUUCCAGUCCUACAAGCUCCAUUCAUGGUCAGUGCCCUAUACAAGUGUACCAUUUUUAUCUUUUUUUUUUUUUUUGUUACAGGGUCUUGCUCUGUUGCCCAGGCUGAAGUGCAGUGGUGUGAUCAUGGCUCAUGGCAGCCACGACCUCCCAGGCUCCCUCCCUCCCUCCCUUCACAUCAUCAUGCCUAGCUAGUUUUCCUUCCUUCCUUCCUUCUUUCCUUCCCUCCUUUUCUUUUUCUUUCUUUCUCUUUCUCUUUCUUUCUUUCCUUUCUUUCUUUCUUUCUCUCUCUCUCUUUCUUUUUCUUUCUCAGAGACGGGGUUUCACCAUGUUGCCCAGGCUAGUCUUAAACUCCUGGGCUCUAACAAUCCUCCCACCUUGGCCUCCCAAACUGUUGGGAUUGCAGGCAUGAGCCACUGCUCCUGGCUCCAUUUAUUUUCUUUUAUACUGUAUUUUUACUGUAACUUUUCUGGGUUUACAUACACAAAUCAUUACCAUUGUGUUACAGUUGCCUACAGUAUUCACUACAGUAACCUGCUGUACAGGUUUGUAGCCCAGGAGCAACAGGCUAGACCAUACAGCCUAGGUGUGUAGGCUAUCCCAUCUAGUUUGUGUAAAGACACUCUGUGAUGUUCCCACAAGGGUGAAACUUCCUAUGACGCAUUUCUCAGAACAUAUCCUGUUGUUAAGUGACACGUGACUGUAUGCUAAUCGAUAGCCUGCUUCUCUGGGCUUUCCACAACUGAACUCCCAAUGAGAAAAAGGGAAAGAGCUCUUUUACCAAGGACCCACCAACAUGUGCCGCGUUCGCACCAAAACCGUGAAGAAGGCAUCCCGGGUCAUCAUAGAAAAGUACUACACACGCCUGGGCAACGACUUCCACACGAACAAGCGCGUGUGCAAGGAGAUCGCCAUUAUCCCCAGCAAGAAGCUCCGCAACAAGAUAGCAGGCUAUGUCACGCAUCUGAUGAAAUGGAUUCAGAGAGGCCCAGUAAGAGGUAUCUCCAUCAAGCUGCAGGAGGAGGAGAGAGAAAGGAGAGACAAUUAUGUUCCUGAGGUCUCAGCCUUGGAUCAGGAGAUAAUUGAAGUAGAUCCUGACACUAAGGAAAUGCUGAAGCUUUUGGACUUCGGCAGUCUGUCCAACCUGCAGGUCACUCAGCCUACAGUUGGGAUGAACUUCAAAAUGCCUCGGGGACCUGUUUGAAUUUUUUCUGCAGUGCUGUAUUAUUUUCAAUAAAUCUGGCACAACAGCAAAAAAAAAA